CGUCCUUGCCAUCGUAGCUCGCCCUCCCCUCCCCUUCGACGGCCAGAUGGGCGUACCGGGCCUCUGGUCCCAUCUCUCACCGGCAGGUACGUCCCACAACCUCGAGACGCUCGACCUCCGCGCACUGGUGGACUCGCUCCCACCCAUCACCGAUGGCGCACCUCAGCGGCUGCCCAUCAUCGGCGUCGACCUAUCCGCCUGGCUCUUCCACGCCCGCCUGUCGGUAGAAGGGUCCAAUCCCAUUCUCCGACUCAUAUUCUUCCGCUUGGCUCGCUUGCUCUCCUUGCCUAUCAAUGCAGUCUUCGUCUUCGAUGGACCGCUCAGGCCGAGAGUCAAGAGGGGCAGGACAGUGGGAGCCAAGAAGCAUCCGCUCACGGGACCGCUGAUGGAGAUGAUUGCCACAUUCGGAGCCAUCGGAUGGGAGGCGCCAGGUGAGGCUGAAGCAGAGCUCGCGAGGAUGAAUCAAGAGGGACUGAUUGAUGCCGUCUUGAGCGAUGAUGUCGAUUCACUUGUCUUUGGAGCUCAGACUGUUAUGAGAAACUGGUCGCCCACGCUCACUCAGGCUCGGCCUGCAACAGCUGAGGAUGGAGGAGACAAUCUGGCUACCAUCUAUCGAGCUUCUAACAUUCGCGAGCUGCCAGAUUUAGUACUGGAUCAGGAUGGGCUCAUUCUUGUAGCUCUGAUGGCUGGAGGUGACUAUGACGUAGGGGGACUCGGUGGGUGCGGUGUCAAGACCGCUAUUGGACUCGCACAAGCUGGUCAUGGCCAGGCUCUGCUGAGAGGCUUCCGUAAGCAUUGCAACAUAGACGGCCAUGAUCCCGAGACGAAGCUACCCAGCGUAGCGACGUCUUCGCUUUGGUCCCCUUUCCUCAAGCAGUGGCUAUCAGAUGUCUGCAACGAGCUACAAACGAACAAGCAAGGCUUCCUCAAUGGUCGUCAUCUCAAAUUGGCUCAAAGCGAUGCUUUCAAAUCGUUUUUGAGUACGCAGGACGCCCUCGAAGUCCUGGCGAGUUACGUGUCCCCGGUGACUACUUGGAGCUUAGCAGAGGAAGAGAGCGGAUCCGGCUCGACCUCAAUCGGGUCGUCUGCUCGCCGCAAGCUCAAAUUCCGUGACCCCGAUCUUACUGCGAUGGCUUCAUUCGCUCAGAGAACGUUCGCUUGGGGGCCGAAAGCAACGGUGGGCCGUUUACGCAAUGUGGCGUGGAAGGGCCUGCUGUUGCAAGAGCUCAGGCGAGGCAGAGUAGUGCAAAUGAAUUGCCAGAGUGAUGCGGAAGAUGAGGCGAUUGGCAGCAAGGGCAAGGUCCUGCAGCUCGAAGUCCUGAAAAUUCACGGCGAACGACGGCAUGCCGGUACCGGUCAGCUUCUAGAGUACCGCCUGGAGUGGAAUCCGAGACCACUUGCAGAAGACGCUGAGAAGGGCAUCGACCCUCUACUUAAUGUGGGGCCAGGAUACGAUGAGGACUUCCCGGAAGACAUGCCUCCUGCUUCACAAAGCUCUUCACGGCACACGACAGAUGCAGAGGACACGGAAGAGGAAUUGCCACCUUGCUCUCCCUAUGGCUUAAGCCUCGUUGCUCCGGGUGGAUGCCCGCCGUCACCUAGCAAGAGAAAAGCAAAGCCACCGCCCGAUCCGUAUUCGAACGUCCGGACCUGGAUUUUGGCUGACCGGUUGGAGGCCAACGACGUCGGCAAGUCGUUAGUAGAAGAAUAUCGUCUGGCCUUGCAGUCCAAAGGGAAGUCGAAGGGCAGCAAGAAGAGCACGACGGCAAAAUCCAAGCCUGCUGCGAAGAAGAGAGCCGCUGGAGCGGGACAUACUACGAUCGACUCGAUUUUCAUGAGCCAGAAGGGCUCGGUUCCUCCAGCCUCUCAGCAGCCUGCAAAAUCCACGACCAGCUCGAGACCUUUCUCGAUCACACCAUUGCCAGCUACACUAUCUUCUGAUUCUUACGAGAACGAUGCACUAGGGCACUCGCGGUCGACAGUGACUCCUCCUGCCAUUCCCGCAAGCAAGCCAUCUGGCAAUGUCUUCUCCAAUCGCACCUUUGGUCGCACACAGAGCGGACCUGCCUCGUUCAGCCAGCCGAGCUCGGAUCGGAUAGCGCCCCUGACAGAAGGCUGCAGUGAUGAUGACGACACCUUUGUGCUCCACAGCGAGGACGAUACCGCCAAUGUCACAUUGACCACCACACACCACUCGAGAAAAGCUCCGGCAAGCUCUACAGCAGCUCCAGCCCACAAGCCAUCUACUGCCAAGCGAUCGGGAGUUCAGAAGCCUUCCUCCGCCCUCGCCAGCUCAGACACAGAAGUGUGUAUGGUCACAGGUGCAGACGAGACAGAUCCAGACGCCUCUCUUCCCGACGCAGUGGAGUUCCUUCGCACCAUUGGGCAACGCUCCAAGGCUCUAUCGAUCGAGAGCAGCCCCAGUCCCCGGCGGCCGAACGUCAAGCGCGCAAAGAGGGGCACGGGCCUGAGAGAGGGAAGUCCGCCGCCCAUCGUCGUUGCUGGAAGAAUAGGCGCUGCCUCUAGAUCGGCGAGGUCGCACUCGAUGCAGGAUGUCGGGCGCGCCUCGAAGCAGCAGAUGGCGUCUCGUCAACACGACAGCGACGAUGACGACGGCUUCGUUCUGAUGGACGCUCCCUCGGUUACAGUUCACCUUCAUGGUCGAGGCAAGGGUACACAUGGAACACGUUUCCUUAGCAAAGCACUGUCGGAGCAGAACGCCGGAGGGAGGACAAAUAGGGCGCUGGUGAGGGGUGGGAGGAAAAGCGACGCAAUCGUGUUGAGUGACAGUGAUUGAGGUGGGGGAACAGACUGCAGAAAGAAGAGAGUCGAUCAUGAAAGGAAGGAGAGAGGUAGGGUAGCAGCGGUGGUUCGCAUUGUACGAUAGCACGCAAUUCCCUUGCAAACAGCACAUACAUACCCCUCUCGACUACCCCCAAAUUCAAAUGCAUUCGCAGC